AAAAAUGGACGGAUUUGCUUUAUUCAAAAAUACAAACAGUGAUAGUGAUUCUGACAAGGAUGUUGAAACAAAGUUUAACAAAAUCGGUCGGAACAAGACUCCUUUCAGAACUAAUGAUAGGUUUAACAGAGAUCUAGGUUAUAAUCACUCUAAACAAAGAAAUGCAUCUGUAGUUAAUAAAUCUCAUAAUAUGCCUAAAGCACCAGCAUCUAAGGCUAAGAGCAAGAACUAUAAGCCACGUGCAGGCUUCUAUAAACCUGUGAACAAUUUGAAGCAGAACCCAACCGAUUCUAAUAUUAAAAGGAACAAGCCAGCUUCUCUUCCUUCUUCUGAAGAAAAAGCGGGAAAUGAAAAUCAGGAGAACAACGAUGACAACUGGGUUGAGGAAGGUCUCGAAGACAUCGAUCUUGCAAAAGUCUCUAAGCAGCAAACUAAUAAGAACCCUCUGUGUCAAGCCCUGAAGGAUACAAUGGACAACGCCCUUCUAAAAAUGGAGAGCGCCAGCAGGAAGGCUGGAGUUCCGAUCAAUUCUUGCACACAACACAAAAAUCAGAGCGAUGCAAAGAUUUUGCAACCCAAAUCUGGAUUAAAAGACGCUAAAAAGACAUUAAAUUUCAACCAGAGUGAGAGUUCAGACUCUAAAUUAUUUAACUUGAGUGCUACACCAGCAUCAGCUGAGAGUAAAAUACUCUCCAGUGUUCAUAGUAAUGCUGAGGUAAAGCAAUUCCAGCCUGUAGAGCAGAAGGAGGAGGUCCAAGCUUCUCCUAACUUAAAGCCUAUCUCUGAAGAUUAUGAGGAAGAAAAGGAAGUUUCCGCAAAGCCAAAGCCCAAGGUUACUAAAAAGCGGGCUGCUACUAAAGCCAGUAGUAAUUUUGUGCGGAUAAAUAUGAACAAGAAAUAUCAGCAACACUCAAGAGGAGUUAUGAAGCGCCCUAACAAGUACAAGAAAAUCAGAAACCAGAUGCGAGAGGAUAAGAAAAUCCACUACAACGGAGCCUUUGGUGGGUUUGGCAAAGAAGGGCUUGAUGGCGCAUUCAUCUCGGAAUAUGGAAUUGAGAGUAGAAUUGUGCCUGUUUUCUCCAGAAAUUUCACAGAGAGUUAUGCUAAGGAUGAACCACUGGAAGUACCAAGCACCGAUCAAGAGUACUCGGAUAUACUCAAGGACAAGUUUGGCUAUGACUCGUUCUUUGAAGGACAGCUUGAAGCUAUAAAGUCUAUUCUUCAAGGACAAUCAACAAUGGUGGUUCUUUCUACAGGUGGAGGAAAAAGUCUAAUCUAUCAAUAUUGUUCUUUAUUCAUGAAGGGAUUAGUAGUUGUGAUUACCCCAUUAAUCUCUUUGAUGAAUGAUCAGUUGAGUAAACUUCCUCCAUGAACAUCUGGAGCUUGUUUCAACUCUCAACAGAACUUCCAUAUGAAAAGAUCAGUUAUCGAAGCAUUGAAAUAAUGACCAAAUCUCAGUAAUUUAUAUGUCACCUGAAAAACUAGUUGUUGAAGACUUCUCGAGGUAUAACCAAGAGGUCUCGAUGAUAUGCAUUGAUGAGAUCCAUUGUAGCUCAGAAUGGUCACAUAAUUUCAGACCUUCCUAUCUAAAGCUUAGUGAUGUUAUCUUAUACCGCUUAAACUGCAAUGUAAUCCUUGGUUUGACUGCCACUGCUACUAAGGACACAGAAAAAUCUUUAGUGAAGGAGUAUGAUAUUAAGAAAGUGAUCAGGAGUGAAGAUCUCAGUCGGAUGAAUCUCAACCUUUGUAUCACCAGAGAUGAUGAACACGAUAAAAUGAAGAACCUAGUGACUCUUCUCAAGUCAGAAGACUACAAGCAAUGCACAUCAGUUAUUAUUUACUGAACUUAUAAAUACAUAACUGAGGUUGUGGCUAAUUAUUUGACACAGAAUGGAAUAGUAUCCAGUCCCUAUCAUGCAGGUAUGGAUGAAAGCAAAAGACAGAACACUCACAAUCUGUUUAACAAGAACAGAAUCAGAUGUAUUGUUUGUACAAUUGCAUUCUCCAUGGGUAUUGACAAGAAAGAUGUAAACAGCGUUAUCCACUAUGACAUGCCCCAAAGUAUCGAAUCAUAUGUGCAAGAGAUAGGAAGAGCAGGGAGGGAUGGAAACUUAGCAAAAUGCCAUUUAAUUAUCAGUGAUAAAAAUUACUAUUCUCUAAGAGCUCUCCUGCUCAAAAGUAUUGUUGAUCUAGAUGUUACUUUCAAGUUCGUUUCUAGAUUGAUGAAGGAGAUCAAAAAUGUUGCUGUUGAUCAUAAUGUUGACACUUAUAUUGGAAGAUCUAGGGUCUUCCAUGACGAUGAAGCAGAUCCUUCUAAUCUCUUACUCAACGAAGACACCAAAGAAAUCGUAUUAAAGGAACCAAAGUACGUGUUUAUUCCUAUCAAGGAGUUUUGUGAAGAGCUUGAUAUUGAGAAGGAAGUAGCCAUGACUUUGUUCUCAUAUCUUGAGAAUCACUAUCUCGAGAAGGAUAAUGAAUACUUUAUCAAAAUGUCAACUAAUAUUCAUAUUAUUCUAAAUCUGAGAUUUUAUAAAGGAACCCCUGAAGAUCUAGCUAAUGGACUCCAUAUGGAGAAUUCUAAUAAGAAAGAUGUUAAUCAAUUCAGCCUCUUUAUGGAAAAAUUUAACGAAAUUUGCAAUUCAAGAGAUGGAGUCUAUAAAUGCUCUGUACCUAUCUUAGCAAUGAAAUUAAAGGUUCCACCAUUUGAGGUUCCAAGAAUUGUCUAUGAGAUGCAAAACAAGGAGCUCUUUACUUUUGAUUUUGAGAUGGACUCUUUCUGUAUUGCUGCUUACCGCCUCAAGCAAGAUAUUCCUGAAAUCUCGAGGAUCCUGCUAGCCAGAGCUAAAGAAAUUGAGCAAAAUAGCAUCAGAAAGUUAAAUUCAAUGUACAUUGCUGCAAGGAAGCUAUCAUUCAAGAGUAUUGGAUACACCAAUAAGGUCAAAAAUGAGCAGAAGAAGUUCAAAGAAGGCUUGGCCAAUCGAACGUCCAAUGCCUUCCUCAAUGUAGAAUUAAACUUGGCUCCUGAGAUGAACAAUCUUAUUAACAAAUACUUCAUGACUGAUAAUUUCCAAGAAAUUGAGCAUGAGCUAGCUGGUGAGUACGGUGUAGAAGCCUAUCUACCCCUGAUCAGGAUAGAUAAUGAUAGAGAAAAGAGUGCUUUAGAGAGCGAUAUUAGAACCCUUUUGCACUCAAAUACUCCGGUAGGACUAGAAGCUGAUUACGAUCAGAACAAAGCUGGGCAUUUUAGUUGACUUGAUAUUGUCAGAAUCCUUCUUGGUGUCUCUAGCAAGAACAUUUCACUAACUUUCUUCAAAAACAACCCUCUCUGGGGUAAGUACAAGGAGCACGACUACAAUGAUGUGAUGAAAUAUGCCAGAGAGUUUUAUGUCAAUUACCAUAUUGAAAUGAGCUCAAGAAUGCAAAUGAACGAAACAAAAUUCCAAGCUAAGAGAGUAAAGAUGUUCUAA